GCAAAGGGUCUUCUGACAACUCGUCCCUGCGGCACUGCAUAUAGGCCGAUUGCACGCUCUGCCCCUGUCACUAGUCACUCCUUCCGACAUUCACAAUGGCGACACACUACGAAAAGGAGCCUGUCACCUUCGGCGCCACCAUUGAGAGCAAGCCUGCUGCACCCAAGUCCACAUCAUCGCCUGCACCUCCGGCCCCUUCAUCCAACGCAUCGACAAUGACGACAGCCACCGCGGACGCCACUGCAAAGGAAAUGGACAUCGACUCAUCCAACCCCUACUCUGCCUUUUACAAGCACCCAGACGCUCGCCGCUCUCUCGACAAUGCCAGCGCCCCACAGAGCAAGGUGCACCUCGACAUCAACACAUUCGAGCGCGACCUCGAGGCCGGUGCCCCACUCUCGGCUGCUACCACACAGCAACUGCCUAAGGUCUCGGUCGACGGCCGCGUCAGGGAAGUCAAGGAGUGCACAAUGUGGCCGUCAAGGCAAGCCGUGCUCGAGAAGCGAAAGGAUCAUAAGCGCAAGAAGGGCUGCAACCUCUUCCAGGGCUUGACCAGCAAGCAGAGGUUAUGGAUUAAGAUCAUCAUCGCUCUCCUCGUCAUAGGUGCCGCGGUCGGCCUCGGUGUGGGCAUCUCGCGAGCGGUCGGUGGUGGUGUCUGGGCCGGUGAUGGCAAGAGCAAGGAGAUUCCACACAACUGAGCUCGCAACGGGCUCCGCUAGCAACAGCACUGUCAAAGAGUCGCUCGACACGCCAUGAGCACGACCUUUGACGCCAUCCACACGCACACUUCUCCCGACAUCAUUAUGAUAUCCUCUUUCUACUGUUAUUGCUUGUACCUAAUGUACAUAUUUCUGUCUCGCUUCUGUCCAUGUUUCCACAGGACACAGCUGGGUCACGGCGCACCAGGCGCACUUUACUGGGCAUAUCAACGCAUUUGGGCAAGGAU